AUCGAAUAUGCUGGCAGCUUGGAAAGAGACUCUCUGAAAUCGUUCCUUUCCCCGAAGGCCAAUCGUUGUUUAUCUCCUGCGUUCAAUUUCUUCGGUCUCCCUAUAGAACUGCAACUGUUAAUACUGAACCAGUUGUCUUCACGGGAUUUGAACUCGUGCCGUCUUACAUGCCAGUGGAUGAAUCAAGUUAUAGUUGAAAAUUGGUCUCAACUUCGUUCACGUGAGAUUGGAUGUGUUGAUUUUAUACCGGGAUGCCAAGAAAUAUGGGGACUUUAUUAUGACUACUCCAAGAAGUUGACUUGCUUUCAACAUUCUAUUAUUUCUCGGCUUGUUGUCUACUAUGGUAUAAUAACUUCUUCUCUCCUGAAGUCGCUUUCAAAAACGCUCUCAGAUCUACGAAUAUCUGUGAAGACCCUAAUAAUUCAUAAUUGUCGAUGUGACUGUACAGUUUCCGAGUUCAUAAAUUUCAUCGUAUCCGCAAAUGUGGAGGUAUUAGCAAUAGAUGUGUUCGAGAUGCGAGCGUUCGGACAGUCCAUUGCAAAUGACAAAAUAAUUAGGGAUUUGAAAUGUUCUCUAGUGUAUGUGAACGGCGACGAUGUUAUCAGUGGAAUUGUGGUUAACUGCUUCUAUGAAGGCUCUAUAGAACUGAGUGGAUUUUCGAGGCUUUUAUCUUUGAAAUGUUCUCUAGUGUAUGUGAACGGCGACGAUGUUAUCAGUGGAAUUGUGGUUAACUGCUUCUAUGAAGGCUCUAUAGAACUGAGUGGAUUUUCGAGGCUUUUAUCUGAUUGGGGUGACGGCUGCAUAGAAAUCUUACACUUCCACAUGAAGAUCGAUGACGAUGCAGCGCAUGUUGCUACGAUUUUGGAGGAUUCCGUGCAUUUUCGGUUUCUCCAUGGCUGUGUAUUGAAAAACGGUGAGAACCAGGAAUUGUUCAUUGAGGCAAAGGAUGGUCGAUUGACGCUCACUCCAAUUAGAUUGUCUGUGGCCCAUCAAGAAUAA